GUUACUUGGACGCCCUGCCCAAACAAUACAGGCAGCUGAGCAGAUCACUGAAAGUACAGUGCCGCAUAUUUGGAUUUUAUGCUAGAUAGGUUGUGUUCUGUUUAUCUAUUUGACGAUUUUUGCAAUGUUUCCAGAAUGAGUGACGUCGGGGCACGUAUUUUUAAACCUCGCGGAGACGAUGUGAUAGUACAGUAACGAUAGCCAGCCCUUGUUAGCUACCGUUAGCAAGGUGCUAGACGCGUUAGCUAACGUAUGCGAUAACCCGGCAGCUGGUAGAAAAAGUUGUUUUAGAGAAGAUUUUUUGGGAGAGUUACAUAAUACCGAUCGGCUGUUGAACAUUUUUAUAAAUUAGGUGUAAGUCAACAAGGCAACCAACCGGCAACGUCCGAUGUGUUUAUAUUCGUUAGCACCGUUGCGUGGUUGUGAUUCAAGCUAGCAAGAGAACAUUACAUUAGCUUAGCUGCUACAAACGACAACAUCUACCAAACUGGACAAAACUUUGGAUUUAGUCGGGUUUAAAUCGGGCUCAGCGGGUUCGCUGACCCCUCAGAAGAAGAUGAAGAAGAGGAAGGAGCUGAAUGCCUUAAUCGGGCUCGGAGACAGCAAGAGAAAGAAGACCAAAAAGGGGUCCGGUCACCGACUUCUCCGUACCGAGCCACCGGACUCAGAGUCCGACUCGAGCUCGGACGACGACGAGUUCAACAACCUGAGCAGCGGAGCUAACUUUGGGAAAAGAAGCUACACGCAGUGCUGCAACAUGUGCUACCCCUUGUUUCUGUUCAUCAUACUAGCUGCCUGUGUUAUGGCCUGUGCUGGACUUAUAUGGAUGCAGAUUGCUUUGAAAGAAGAUCUAGAUGCCCUGAAAGAAAAGCUGCAUAGCAUGGAAUCCAGCCAGAAGGUUUCAUCAAGUGAAAUACCAAAACUAAGUGAGGACCUUAAAAACAAGGACAGAAAGCUUGACAACAUUGAAAACGGGGACAAGGGGUUGAGCAAGCUCUGGUCUAACCUAACAGAAAUUAACAGAAAGAUCAGUUUGCUGGACUCUGCAGUAAACCAUUUAAAGGCCAACUUGAAAUCAGCUGCUGAUUUAAUCAGCUUUCCCACUACGGUUGAAGAGCUUCAAAAGAGUGUUGCUACAAUUGGCAGCACACUAACAAGUGUACAGCAUGAUGUGAAGACUAUGCAGGCUGCUCUUGAAAAUCAGAAGAAAGAUGAGGACUUGAAGAAGACAAUGGACAUAACAGACCUGAGAAAAGCAGUGAGUGAGACUAACAAGACGGAGGAGCUGUACCAUACACGGGCUGAUGAGCAGAUCCACAUCCUCCUCUCCACGGUUGCUGAUCUUCACCAGAGAGUGUCUUCGUUAGAGAACGGGUCAAAGCAAAGCUCAAAGGACAAUGACGCAGCAGCUCAACUGGCAAUCACCAGUGAAAGUCCAGCAAAUGAGUUGGUGAACGAAGCUAUUACAACCAAAGCAACACCUGGGGGUGUGCAAGAGCCUCAAACAAGCAGACGUCCACGCUUCUUAACUCCAAACCGCUCUAAGAGAAAUGCUGAGACAGCAUGCCCAAAGAGGGUGGUCCUGCCUGGUGUCAGUUCUCUGAAAGACUUGGAGGACAUCUUCCAGCAGGCAGGCAUUGGACGUAAUUCACUUGGACUGACCUACCAUGCCCUGAGCAAAGUAUUUGGAACAUCAACUCCUAGUGCUCGUACCAUGGAGUGUUUUGACAAUGACGGGGACCAGAGGUACUCCCUGAUGGAGCUGAGAGCUGCUGUAGGUUUGUGAGCACAUUAUCACUGACAGCAGUGAACAGUAUUGACUACCCAGCGGGGUCUGGGGGUUCGGAGAUCCCGACCCUUUUCUGUAAUUGCUGCACUUUUGUGAACUCUAUUUAUCAUACUGAUUGUGGAACAGUGGCGCUGGCAUGCCCCCCUACUCACUCCCCCUCCCCAGUCCAUUUCAACACAACCUCGUCCACAAAAAAUAUGCUUAAAUUUUAAAGUUAAUCCAUAUACGUUCCUGUAUGCAGAAUAUUCCGUUUAUUUUAGCAAAUCCCAUGGUUUAUAUGAAAUAAAACGUGGAAAUAAGUGUUGUGAAUUAUUUUGGAUCCCAUUUUCCACCCUCAGUUGUCAGACUUGCUGUUUUCCUGCACCUGGGUUUUUUUUUUUUUUCAACCAAUCUCUCAUCUUGAUGUAACAUUUGUGUAUUUAGCUUCUCUGGAGGCUGUAAUUGUCAGUCUAUUGUAGAUGUCCCCACCCAUCAACACAAACACCUGAUACAACUCACCUGAACCAUAUUUAUAGAACCUGAGAUACAAUUUUAUGAAUGUUUACAAACGACUACUAGAAACAGAAUGUUUGUGUCUUUUGUUUUGUUUUUAGACAGAUUCCUAACUUAACUGAAACACAAUUUCAGCUAAGGUAAACAAAGUUUCAGAUUUCUUUCUGUUCAGUGUGUUUUUUUUUCUCAUUUAUCUUCAGUUAGUUGCUACAUUUUGAUUGUGAUCGUGUGUGUAAUCCAUCUGUACAUUUCUGUAUUUUAGCUUGUUUUUUGUAGUUUUCAAUUCUACAAGUUUUGAAGGGCUAUGAACACUUUGAAUCAUUCAGAAAGAAUUUUGAAGUGGUAACUUGUGAGGCAUAUGUAGCAAUAACAAAAUGACAGAUAUUGCUUGUUCAGAGUUGCAGUAGACAGAAGGCACUCCUAGCUCACAAUGUGUAACAGGUAGUAUAAGAAGCACUGACCAUCACUCUUUACUUGAUUCAUUUUAUUCCAUUUUUAUGGGCCUAAUAAUGGUAUAUUUACAAAACUAAUUUGUCAUAUUCAUUGCUGUACUCUGUAAAAAUGGUUUAAAUGUAUUCUCAACAAAUUAUGUUGUGAUGGAGGUUGGGUUGGUAAAAUUUGCUUUACAGUCUUAAUCUCAACAUUGUACAGUUUUUAAAUAACUAUUGUGCUUUGCAUGUUUCUUAUAAUGAACAAAUUAUUUAUAAACUUAACAUAGCAGACUUCUUGUUUUUGCAGGACAAUGGUUAGUUGAACUCAAAUUGUAACAGCUUUGGCCAUCAUGACAUAGAUCUUGGAUCCAUGCUGCUACUGUACAUGAGAGAUUUUAUGAAUGUGUUUUUGUGUGAGCACCAAUGAAUAAAAACAUAGUUAAAGGUU